AUGCUAGUUGCCGGGACGGACACCUCCGCCACCACUGUGGAGUGGGUGAUGGCUCUUUUCCUCAACCACCCGGAAGCACUGGCCGAGGUGCAAAUCGAGAUAGAUUCCGUCGUGGGGCACGACCGUCUGGUGGAGGAUUCUGACCUCCAGAACCUCACUUACCUCCAGAGCGUCUCAUCACUGAAACACUUCGACUCUAUCCACCAGCCUCGCUCCCACUUCCUCAUGAAUCCUCUGAGGAUGCCACUAGAACCCGAGCUAUGGGAAGAUCUAGACAGAUUCGUGCCGGAGAGAUUCGGACACGGUAGGCGUGAAUAUAAAGGGUAUAAGUCGAUCCCUUUUGGGGUUGGAAGGCGGGCUUGCCCUGGGCCUGGGGCUACGCUCGGGAGAUUGGUCGUGGGGUUGAUUGUGGGAGCAUUGAUACAGUGCUUCAAGUGGCAGAGGUUCGGGGUGGAGGAGAUUGACAUGGCGGAGGGGAGUGGGUGUACCAUGCCUCCGGCGACGCCCGUGGAGGCUCUAUGCAAGCCUCGUGAAAAAAAUGAUGCAGUUUCUAGCCAAUUUACAAGUCCAUGA